CUGCGGAGCCGCCGCUCGCUCCGCUUUCAUAAGCGGAUGGGUUUGCAGGGGGGCCGGUCCCUUCCGGAUGAAUGGGACCGCGCUGUGCCAGAGGCGGUGCGGAGUGACGACGUGUUCAGUCGGGGAGGAGGAGCGCUCCCACUGCCCCGGACCCAGGGCAUAGCGGACGGAGCCCGCUCCAUCGCCAGUGCUUGUUUCCUCCUCUGCUGUUCAGAAGCCGCGUCCCCAGGCCCUUCGCUUCAGCGCUUGCAAAGCGGGGGUGGCUAGCCAGGAGCUCUGCCAGCUCCUUGGAAGUGCUCGGGGAGUCCCCGAUCGUCCCCCCGCGUGUCCCUCGCCUGCAGCCGGUGGCAGCCCCUUCCCCGAUCGCUCGUGGGCCGCUGGCUCUGGCUGCUGCCGGCUUCCGGAUGGAUUAGUGGCCGAGCCCUGGCCGCUGCUGUCCCUUGGUGCAAUCACAAGGCUGCCCCAAAUAAAGACCGAAGUGUUACCUUCGGGGAAACUGAGGAAUGUCUGCAUUUCCCUCCGCCAGAAGCUUAACGGAGAGGCCGGGGGGUGGGGUAUACCAGGGUAGAGAGAAGUAAGCCAGGAUGGAUUUGUACGAUCCUCAGACGCUGGGUGUUAUGGUCUUUGGUGGUUUCAUGGUGAUUUCAGCUAUUGGGAUCUUCCUGGUGUCUACCUUCUCCAUGAAGGAGACCUCUUACGAGGAAGCCCUGGCUAAGCAACGCAAGGAGCUUGAGAAAACGCAGCAGCACAAAGUGGAGAAGAAAAAGAAAGAGAAACCUGUUGAGAAGAAAGGAAAGGCUAAGAAAAAAGAGGAGAAACCGAAUGGGAAAAUACCUGAGCAGGAGCUGGUUCCGGAUGUGACUGAUGCUCCCAAGGAAGUAGACCCUGAACCUGUUGCGGUGUCUGAGCCAGUGAUCAUUGAGUCUCCUAUUCUGGCGGUUUCGGCUCCCCCUCAGGAGAAGGAGAAACCUGCCCCAUCACCUAAAGACAAGAAAAAGAAGGAAAAGAAGGUGGCCAAGGUUGAGCCAGCUCCCCCUCUUGUUACUUCUCCAUCAGUCUCUGUAUCAAAAUCUUCUCCAGUCUUGGAGGUAGCUGCCAAAGAAGUGCCUAUUGUGGCAGUCCCACCGGUUGGCACGCUACAAAGUGCGCCUGUAGUUCACUCUGUUGCUGUCAAAAAAGCAGAAGCUCUGGUAACCCAAGAAGAGACAAAGCACGACGGAGCUGCCAGGAAGAAGGCAGUGGCCAAGAAGAAGAGUGAGUUGAGUAAGUAUGUGACUCCUGCAAGCAUCCUUACGGUAUGUCACCAGAGGCGCUAUGUGAUGGGGAAGCUGAGCAUUGGUAUGUCAGGUGAGGAGCAGAGGGGGAUUGCCCCCUUUCUCUGCUGUUAACUUGCCUAGAAAUG